UGCAAAACUUCAGGAACAACUCCAGUACCACGCCUUUGAUAUCAUGUACGCGAGUAAGUUUCCGGAUAUGUCAGUUGUACCUUUUUCAGAAAGGCACAAGCACCUCGGUAGAUUGAUUCAUGGCCUUGCUUCAUCCAAGGGACAAGUUCAAGAGAAGCCGGUGGUGUUGGUGCCUGCUGCUCAAAUGAAAAAGGCUGACAUACCACGUCUCCUUCGCUUGUCACUGGCAGAUGGCUACGAGGGCAUCAUUGUACGCCGUGACGGUGUUGUUAGUGCAAGAGGAGAAAACAAACGUAGUCGCUCCGGUACUUCUAGAGGUGUGAACAAAAGUUCUAGCAGAGGGGUGGUAGUUGGAUACGCCCAUGGCGCCCGAUCUCCGAAUCUUCUAAAGUACAAAGUCAUGCAGGAUGAUGAAUACGUCAUUGUAUCCGGGGUAGAAGGGCGCGGCAAGUGGAAGGGUUGUCUUGGUGCCUUUGUUUGCCGUACGAAAAGAGGCCAUCAAUUCACUGUCGCCCCCGCUACAACAGAGCAGAGGAAGAAGGAUAUGUGGCAACGUCUUGCACAGUACAAGGGGAAGAUGCUUACGGUGCAGUAUCAAGAGCUGUCAGCAAAUGGAGUUCCACGCUUCCCCAUUGGCAAAUGUGUGCGGGGUGCAAAGAGCGGUAAGGACUGGAUAUGA